UGUCCCACUUUAUGCAAAAAAAAUGGAGAUGGUUCCCCAGAAUCCCCGAAAAUUGAAGUCCACCUUGUAUUAUGAACUCCGACUGGAAUUGGAUGUAUGUAAGAUGGUAGGAUAUAUGAUUGUUAGAACAUACAUACAUACAUACCCUGUUUAAUUAAUUAUUACGCUUUCCUUUUGGUAGCAUUUAAUUAAAACACAUGCUGUGCAGUUGCGUGCACGUCAUUGUUGUUACUAAUUGAUAUUAUCAGACCUGAGACCACUCCAUAAUUAAUUGAUACACAUCUGUAAUUAGUACUUUUGCUUUCAAUUAACUUUAUCUACCUAAUUAUUCAAAUCAAUAAUUUAGUAGAGUGAUUAUUUGAUCCUUUAAGUAGUCAGCACAACUAAGGAGCAGAUUGAUAUUGAAGCACAAUUAUCGAUCUUAUAUACAUUAAUUACUACUCUUUACCUAUCAAAAUAUAAUGCUGUGUGUUAAUUUCCCAGCAGUUGCUCCAACAAUAUUCAACAAUAUCAGUAUGAACAAACCAUCCAGAUUGUCGUCACAUAACUAUAGCAGAAUUACAAGUAGAGAUAAUAAUAAUUAUUACGGUGGUGGUGUUGUUAAGCGCCGUAUGGGAUCAUCAAUUAUUAAAUCAUCAUGUGGUACUGGUGGUGCUUACGAGGAGUUGCCUGAGGGGCUGGAGAAGGAACUGAUGCCGAAACACGUGGCAGUGAUAAUGGAUGGAAAUAGAAGGUGGGCCAAAAGCAGAGGUUUGCCUGUACAGCUCGGCCACAUUGCUGGACGACGAGCCAUGAAACAACUUACUCGUAACUGUAAGAAAUUUGGUGUUCAAGUUCUCACUGUUUUUGCCUUCUCCACUGAAAAUUGGAUUCGCCCCAAGGAGGAAGUUAACUUUCUGAUGAACUUGUUUGAAGAGGUUAUACGUUCAGAUAUGGAGGAGCUAAUACAAAAUGAUGUGCGCGUGUCUGUUGUGGGGAAUGUAGGGGGACUUAGGCCGUCUCUGCAGAGUCUGAUAUCUUCAUCAUCGGAGCGGUCAAAGGAUAACAAAGGAAUGGAUAUGGUGACUGCUUUGAACUACAGCGGACGUCACGACAUAACUGAAGCCACAAAACAAAUUGCAAGAAAAGUGAAAGAUGGUGUAUUGGGAUCGGUGGAAGACAUUGACGAAACCCUAAUUGAGAAGCAUCUUCAAACAAAUGUGAUAGAGGAAUCGUCAUAUAGAAACCCAGAUUUGCUGAUAAGAACGAGUGGUGAGUUGAGACUGAGCAAUUUCAUGCUCUGGCAGUCGGCCUACACCGAACUGAUUUUCGUGGACAAGCUUUUUCCAGACUUUAAUGAGGGGGAUUUAGUGGAGGCUCUCACCCUAUUUCAGAAGAGGCAAAGGCGUUACGGUGGACACAAGUACUAGUUAUCUAGCAUAUACAUAAUGAUCAUAUGUCUCUCUUUUUCUGUGUCUCUGUGUCUGCAUGUUUGUGUUUCAGAGUGCAUUAUUGAUGAUAUUUGAAACUGCUGUACGUUCUUAUCACUUGUUCUGCGUUUCGGAUUGUAAGAGUUCCUUUUUUUUCAAACAAGUAAGAAUUAAUUAGUCCCUUCAUUUCAU